AUGACUGCGACCGGUGUAGAAAGUGUGGAUAAGGGAGAUGUUUAUAAGCAAUUAGACCAAUUCGGCAAGUUUCAAGUGUUUCAAUAUAUUUUAAUAUGUUUACCAUUAAUGAUGGUAUCCAUGAUCCACGUGAAUUAUAUUUUCGUAGCUGAAGAUGUUGAACACAGGUGUCGAGUUCCAGAAUGUGAAGAUGCUAAUCCGUCAGUGGAAAUACCAAAAUGGUGGCCCCGAAAUGUCGACGCCAAAUGUUAUCGACCAGUUCUGGACAUGCAACGAUACAGCAGCUCCAAUCAAACGUGUUCAAAUAACACGUUCCUUGAAGUAUUGGAAGAAUGCCAUGAUUGGGUUUUUGAAAAUAAUAAUUCGAUUGUCGCUGCGUUGAACAUCGGCUGUGAAUCAUGGAAAUCGACUCUAGUAGGCUGCAUUCACAACGCCGGAAUGAUUGUUUCUAUGUUGAUAACUGGAUUGAUAGCUGACAAGGUUGGAAGGAAACCGACUAUAAUCUUUUGCUCAAUUGGUGGAAUCGUUGGACUAUUUAAGAUAUUUAUUACCAACUAUUACGCAUAUAUAACAGUUGAAUUUUUGGAAUCAAUUCUCGCUUCUGGGUUAUAUACAGUUGCUGUUGUUCUAUUAAUAGAAGUUGGUGGAGAAAGCAAAAGAGUGUCAGCCGGUGUCAUUUUCUCAUACGCAGUUUACGUAGGAGAAGUUUGCUUUGCAUUUAUCGCAAUGGGACUAAAAUACUGGAAACUGCUCAUUAUAGUCGUCUACUCUCCAUUAAUCCUCUUCAUCCUCUACGCAUUUACACUAAGAGAGAGUACGAGAUGGCAGAUGUUAAGAGGAAAAAUGGACGAAGCGAAAGAAACAUUAAUAAUGAUAACAAAGCUGAACAAACUAGAAGUAACAGAGCAUGAAAUUAAUGAAACAAGCAAUGAAGACUUGCGGUUCCAAUUCAACGUAGUGGUACAAAAGGAGAAAGAAAGAAUGAGAGACAUAUUAGCAUCCAGGGAAAUAAUGACACGUUUAUUAGUGACGUCAUUCUGUUUCUUCGCUUCUAGUUUUAUUUACUAUGGAAUGGCUGUCCACGCGGUUCUGUUACCAGGAAAUAAAUACACAAACUUUGUUCUGUCCUCGCUCUCAUCUUUCCCUGGUGAUUUAAUAGCACUGUAUACAUUUAAAAGAUUUGGAAGGAAGGUAUCUUUACAAUGUGGAUAUAUAGCAUCGGCGUUGUUCCUUUUAGCACAAACCUUUUCACCUGAUUCGAUUAUGUGGCUCAAGGUAGCGCUUUUCCUGUGUGGAAAAAUGGGCGUAGUUAUUUGUUUCACCGGCAUCUAUACAUAUACUUUGGAACUAUUCCCUACAAGUGUGAGAGGGACUCUUAUGGGCUGUGGAAACACAGCUGCCAGAUUUGGAAGUAUGCUGGCUCCUUUAACUCCACUUCUGUCGUCACAAUUUGCGGCGCUACCUUCAAUUCUCUUUGCUUCGGUGUCUGUAGUUGCCGCAUGUACGCUAACGUUUACACCUGAGACCAAAACGUUACCCAUGUUCGACACAAUAGCCCAGAUUGAAACUCAAAAAACGAAGAUUAUGACUCAUUUAUAA